AUGGCUUCUACUAGCAACACAACCACGGUGGACUUUCCCCCCGACUUCGCGGAAGACAAAAUCACUUCGGAUUCCAACAGCAGUCUUGGUGGCCAGGAGAAGCCUCAGGUAGAGCAAGCUAUUGAGGAUGGUCAAGUCGAUGGAGGCAAGAGCGAGACGUUGACCGCUCUCCUGCAAGUGGUCGGGGCUUUCUUUCUCAUGUUCAACUCUUGGGGGGUUGCAAAUACUUUCGGGGCAUAUCAAACCUUUUAUGAAGGAGAUCUACUGAAAGGCCAGACCCCUUCCCAAAUAUCUUGGAUUGGUUCGAUUCAGGCGUUCCUUUUACUUACCGUUGGCGGCUUCAUUACUGGACCAAUAUUCGAUGCUGGCUACAUUCGAGCGCUGGUUUUGUUCGGAUCAGCAGCCGCUGUGUUUGGGAUGAUGAUGACAAGUAUUUGUACGGAGUACUGGCAAGUGAUCUUAGCGCAGGGAGUGGUGACCGGAAUUGGAAUGGGUUGUAUGAUGUUACCAAGUGUCGCCGUCAUGCCUCAGUACUUCAAAACCAGAAGAGCUUUUGCAACUGGGGUUGCAGCAUCUGGAAGCAGUGUUGGUGGGAUCAUUUAUCCAACAAUCUUCCACGAACUUGAGCCAAAGAUUGGCUUCGGUUGGGCCACGAGAGUCAUUGCAUUCAUCAUGCUAGCCACUCUGAUGGUCCCAAUUGCAGUUAUGAAAGCAAAGGUGUUCCCGUCUCAACGAAGACCUUUGUUCGAUUUCCAGGUCCUUCACAAACUCGACUACGACCUGUUCUGCUUCGGAACCUUUUUUGCAUUCAUGGGAAUGUACAUCCCCUUUUAUUAUGUGUCCAGCUUUAGCAUUUCUCAUGCCAUCGUCAACGCCAAUCUUGGAUUCUACCUGCUUACGAUUCUCAACGCUGCUUCGAUUUUCGGCCGGAUCAUCCCCAACUUCUUUGCGGACAAAACUGGCGCACUCAACAUCAUGACACCAUGGGUAUUGUUUUGUGGGAUAAUUGCAUACUCAUGGACAAGCGCAACAUCAGCCGGCCAGAUAAUUGUGCUCUGCAUAUUUUAUGGAUUCUUCUCGGGAACUCUCGUAUCGAUUAUUGCUCCCGCCGUCGUUGUCAUCUCACCCGAUCUGAGCUUGGUUGGUACACAUAUGGGAAUGAACUUUGGGUUUACCUCGUUGGGUCUCUUGAUCGGAAACCCUGUGGCUGGAAUCUUGCUUGAUCAGCAUGGCUACAUUGGCCCUGCUAUGUGGUGUGGGACGUGCAAUGUGCUGGCUGGCAUUUUCAUUCUUGCUGCCCGUGUGAGCAAAACUGGACCUGUACUGAUGGUGAAGGCAUGA